AUGACUUCUUGGAGUUUCCCAUCUGAGCUCGUUGAUUCGACUUCUUCUCUCACCACCAUAAACCUCGACAACACCAACAUCUCCAGCGUUUUACCUGAAAUUUUGGAUUCCUUGGCUUCUCUUCGAAAUAUCAUCGGCGUUUUACCACCGUCGCUUGCGAAAUCUUCGAUUCAGAAUCUUUGCAUCAACGAUCAACUCGUGGGGAUGUCGGGAACGAUUCAAGUGCUUUCGAGUAUGACGUCCUUGUCACAAGCUUGGCUUCAGAAGAAUCAUUUCUCUGGACCUAUCCCAGAUUUCUCAAAAAGCAACAAUCUCUUUGAUCUGCAGCGGCGACAUGGAGCCAACAGCGUCAGUGCGUUGAGUGAUCCUAGUAGUGUUCCUAACAACUACGGCGAUCCAAAACCCCGAGACAUUAUUCGUGAUGAUGUCUCUCUUAAUGGUGGUGGUGGUGAAUGUUCCGAUGGACAAGGAGCACAUAGCGUCAGUGCGUUGAAUAAUCCUAGUAGUAGUGUUGCUGACAACUCUUGGGAAAGAAACGUUCGUGAAGGUAGGACUGAUACCAUUCCAAUGGCGGUUCUUCGCGCGGCGACAAACGAUUUCAGUAAAACGUUAGGAAAAGGUGGUUUUGGGGAAGUGUACUACGGAGAAUUACCGGAUGCCGAUGAAAGAGAAGGCCGUCAAGAAGAUGAACAGAGAGUUACUAUCGCGCUAGACGUGGCACAUGGUCUGGAUUAUCUCCAUAACUUGGCUCAGAAAUGCUAUAUCCACAGAGAUUUAAAGCCCGAUAACAUCCUUCUCGGAGAUGACAUGAGAGCCAAAAUCGCUGAUUUCGGUUUGGUUAAGAAUGUCGCCGAUGGGAAAUACUCUGUUCAAACAAAAGUAGCAGGGACGUUUGGUUAUCUAGCACCUGAAUACGCCUGUGAGAGAAGGGAGUGGGGUUGGCUCCACGUCGACGCUUGUUGCGCUCCUGCCAAAGAUGAUAAACAAUGGUUUGAUAGGUAUACGAAUAGUAAAGAGCGUGAUCUUGUCAACGGUGAUGUCGCUGAGUGUAGCUUGAAGAGUGUUCCAGUCGACUGUGAAUGA